UCUUGCAAGCUCUGUCCAGAGAACUGGCUGAUGUUGAACAGGAGUUGUUACUUCUUCUCCACUGACAAAAUGGACUGGAAUUCCAGUCGUGACAACUGCACUGGCAUGGGAGCUCAACUGGUAAUCAUGAAUAGUGUGAAGGAGCAGAAAUUCUUACAGGGUGCAUCCUAUAUCAGUACUACUGAAGGUUUCUGGAUUGGACUUAAUGAUAUAGAAAAUGAAGGUCAGUGGCGCUGGGUGGACAAUUCAACACUGAGCAGCAGCUUAACAGCGUGGACCAUUAGAAAUGAUGGCACUCAAGAACCAGACAACUGGACCGGUAAAGACAAAUCUGGGGAGGAUUGUGUCAGGUUGAGUCUGACCUGGUUUGACGCAUCCUGCAAAGAACAAUUUUACCGGAUCUGUGAAAAAUCAACAUAGACCUUUAUAUUUAUCAAAAGAGAAUAAUGGAAAUGAGGGUAAUUUUUUACAUCAAAGAUAUAUUCAAAUUCAAUGUGCUUCAUUUAUUUUCAUAUUUAUGUAUACUCUGCAAUGUCCUGAAGUGAAGCUGACCAUUUUGUUCAAAUCUUCUUUAUUUAUUAUAUUUUUUUCUCCUGGCUGGUCUGGGAACUCAUUAGGAGUUCCUUUGAAGAAACAGGAAAUGUUUGCAAAAUAAGUCAAAUUUAGGCAGGGAAGAGCUUAUAUUUAGACUUGCCAAGGGAGGGUCUUGCUUUCUUCUAAGUACUAAAGCUUUCUUUUAUUUU